CGUGAGGCGAUUUUCCGUUCGGGCAAUGCGACAGUGGCCGAGACGCACUUGAUACGAUCAACUGGAUCACAGUCAAACUCGUUUACUGAAGAGCACUGGAGUAGUGAAAUCACCAGUUUCGUCACUGCUGCUCCACCGAAAUUCAUCCAGCCGGCUGUUGUUACAUGGAAAAAGAACGGGUCUCCAGGGACAGUGUGGCGCACCGACGGACCACGGCUGCAUCUCACAAAAAAGCGCGUGGUUCCACGUGCCGGACAAGUUCAGAAGGCGUUGUUGUUAAUGGGUGAUCAAAGCGUAUCGGAUCUUGUCGACCGACACUCCUACGUUGGUCGUCGAGGUGGCCUC